AUGCCUGAAUCACGUCCCAAAGCCUCCCUGCCUUCUUCCUCCAGUACGCGACUCGGGCCGCUGCCUUUCCACCGCACCAACAGGUCCAGCGACUCCCUCGCCCACACCCCCGACUCGAGCGGAGACUAUGUACAUUUGAGCAAGGAGGUGUCGCGCCAAUCGACACCAAAUCCAGAUCAGUCCUACUCGAACUCAUAUCACACCAAGGACUAUCCCCACCGCGAAGUGGAGGGCUUGGAGGCCGACUACGACGACGGCGACAAUACCUUCCCCCCUAUACCUGCAAUUGAAGGAGCGGCGGAUAUGCCCUCGGACCUACGACACUCAAUGGAGGACGACAAAACCCAUUAUCGAGAGCCCCUGCUCGCAAAUGACCGAACACGACCCUCCUACAGCCGAGCGGCCGCUUCUCAGCUGACCGUAGUGAGUCGGCGCUCGAGUUUAAAAGCGGAGGAUGCACAGGCGCUUGCCACCCAGACUACGCGAAAACGAUAUACAUUUGCUGCCGGCUUUCUACUCGUCAGUUUGGUGAGUUUUGCUGUGCAGACGGAAACGGCGGUGUACAUUCAGCAUACUUUGCAUUGGAAUAAGGCGUUUUGCAUGAUGUAUUUGACCCACGGCUCCUGGUCCGUAUUAUACCCUUGUCUUCUCCUUGUCCUCCGAAUCCAGAAGUGGCAACAGCCCUGGCCAGCGUUCUGGCGACGACACCUCACUCUCGUCCGCCAAACCGCGCAAAUGGUAGAACACCAAACCCUACACGUCCCCGCCAACCUACAAAAGAAGAGUCCAAUCCCCUACUUCAUCCGCACCACCGCCUUUGUAACUUGCGCCCUCACCAUCGCCGGCUCCAGCUGGUACGUUGCCGUCGACCUUACCACCGCCAGCGACCUAACGGCCAUCUACAACUGCUCCGCCUUCUUUGCGUACGCUUUCGCCGUCCCCAUCCUAAAGGAGAAGCUCCGCUGGAGCAAAGUCAUCGCCGUCGCCAUCGCCAUCAUCGGCGUCCUCAUCGUCGCAUACGGCGACCAAGGCCCACUCAAACACGGCUCCAAAUCCGGCGGCGGCGCAGGCGGCCCCAACGCCCCCGCCUCCGAAGAAGCCCACAACCGCCUACUCGGCAACCUUGUCAUCGGCUUCGGCAGCGUGCUCUACGGCUUCUACGAAGUCCUCUUCAAAAAAGUCGCCUGCCCGCCCGAAGGCACCUCGCCCGGUCGCGGCGUCAUCUUCGCCCACGUCUUCGGCAGCCUCAUCGGCGUCUUCACCCUCUCGGUCCUGUGGAUCCCCAUCCCCAUCCUGCACGUCCUCGGCUGGGAAGUCUUCGAGCUCCCGCGCGGCGAAGCGGCGUGGAUGCUCGCCAUCUCCACCCUCUCCAACGCCACCUUUUCCGGCAGCUUCAUGGUGCUCAUUAGUUUGACGUCGCCGGUUCUCAGCUCUGUGGCUGCGCUCCUGACGAUUUUCAUUGUCGCGCUGUGCGAUCAGAUGCUGCCGCCGCCGCUUUACUCGCCGCUCACGGCUGCCGCGAUUCUCGGCGGCGUUAUGAUUAUUUUUGCCUUUCUGCUCCUGAGUUAUGCCACGUUUCGUGAGGUCGAGGAGGAGAAUACGAAGAAUGCUGAUGAGUUGGUGGAGGAGAGUGAGGAUGGGCUAUGA